UGGAAGAAGUACACGCUACUGCGAGUACAGUGGAGUGGGGGGGGCGGUGGCCACUGAGAGAGCGGGGACGCGGUGACGUCCCCUCUCACCUUCCCACCGGUGCCCUCUAGGCGCUCGCUACAGUGCGCUCAUUCGGCCUGUCCACCGGCUCACCGUCUUCUCUACUCACUCAUCUCCUAAACCGCCGGAAUCAUGGCGUGCCUGCUGAGGAUCGCGGCGUGCGGGCGCAGCGCCGGCACCAUCCCGUCAGCACUCACCGGGACCGGCCGCCUGUGCCUGCCGGGCGUCGGGUGCACCCGCGCCGCUCACCGCACCGUCACCACCCUGCGCCGAUGCGUCCGCCCAAGGCAGCUGGCGCGAUGCUUCCGUGCCCAGGCGCCGCAGAUGAGCCAGGCGCCGGCCUCCGGGACAGGAAUCCCGUAUGGGCAGAUCACGGUGGGCGUGCCCAAGGAGAUCUUCGCCAACGAGCGGCGCGUGGCACUGACGCCGGCCGGCGUGCAGGCGCUCAUCAAGCAGGGCUUCGGCGUCGCCGUGGAGACCGGCGCCGGGGAGGCGGCGCAGUUCUCCGACGCGAUUACCGCGCCGCCGGCGCCACCUAUCGCCGACAAGAAGGCCGCGUUCGGAGCCGACAUUGUCCUCAAGGUGCGGGCGCCGGUGGCGCUGGCAGAGGCGGGGCGGCACGAGGCGGAGCUGCUGCGCGAGGGCUCGACGCUCGUGAGCUUCGUGUACCCGGCGCAGAACCCCGAGCUGCUGAACCUGCUGGCGGGGCGACAUGCCAGCGUGCUGGCCAUGGACCAGGUGCCGCGUGUCACCAUCGCCCAGGGAUACGACGCGCUCAGCUCCAUGGCCAACAUCGCCGGGUACAAGGCUGUGGUUCUCGCUGCCAACAACUUUGGCCGAUUCUUCACCGGGCAGAUCACGGCCGCCGGGAAAGUACCACCCGCCAAGGUACUUAUCAUCGGUGGCGGCGUGGCUGGCCUGGCUGCUGCCGGCGCCGCCAAGGCCAUGGGUGCCAUCGUGCGUGGCUUCGACACCCGAGUGGAGGCACUGGAGCAGUUCAAGUCGCUGGGUGCCGAGCCGCUGGAGGUUGACGUGAAGGAGUCGGGCGACGGCGGUGGCGGCUACGCCAAGGUCAUGUCCAAGGAGUUCAUCGAGGCCGAGAUGAAGCUGUUCGCCAAGCAGUGCAAGGACGUGGAUAUCGUCAUCACGACUGCGCUCAUCCCAGGCAAGAAGGCCCCCGUGCUGAUCACGCGCGACAUGAUCGAGUCGAUGAAACACGGCUCCGUCGUCGUCGAUCUGGCGGCCGAGGCCGGCGGCAACAUCGAGACGAUAACGCCGGGAGAGCUCACCGUCUACAAGGGCGUGACCCACAUCGGCUACACGGACCUGCCGAGCCGCAUGGCGACGCAGGCGAGCAACCUCUACUCCAACAACAUCAUCAAGCUGCUGCGCGGCAUCAGCCCCGACAAGGAGUUCUUCCACUACAACCUGACAGACGACUUCGACCACGGAACGCUCGACCACAUCGUGCGAGGCACGGUCGUCAUGCAGGACGGGAAAGCGAAGUUCCCGGCUCCGAAGCCGCGGACGGCCCCCGUGGUCUCCGCGCCCGUGAAGCGCAAGACGGUGGCCGAGCUGCAGGCCGAGAAGGACGCGCUCACGACCCCGUUCCAGCGCACGCUCUCGUCGGCUGGCGUCUUCACAGGCGGUAUGGGCAGCAUCGUGGGCCUGGGCCUGCUGGCGCCCAACGCCGCCUUCAGCCAGAUGGUGACGACGUUCGGGCUGGCCGGCAUCGUGGGCUACCACACAGUGUGGGGCGUCACCCCCGCCCUGCACUCGCCGCUCAUGUCCGUCACCAACGCCAUCUCCGGCUUGACGGCCGUGGGGGGUCUGAUGCUGAUGGGUGGGGAGCUCCUCCCAAGCGGGACCGCUCAGACGCUAGCGCUGCUCGCAGCCUUCAUCUCCUCCAUCAACAUCGCCGGCGGCUUCCUUGUUACCCAGAGGAUGCUGGACAUGUUCAAGCGUCCGACAGACCCCCCUGAGCACAACUACCUCUACCUGCUGCCCGCUGCCACCAUGGUUGGGGGCUACGCGGCCGCCCUGCACGGCGGGUACCACAUCGAGCAGAUGAUGUUCUUGGGCUCGGGCCUGUGCUGCGUGGGAGCGCUGGCUGGGCUGUCGACGCAGCGCACGUCGCGCCUGGGCAACACGCUGGGCAUGAUCGGCGUCGCCAGCGGCAUCGCUGCCACGCUCGGCUACCUGCACCCCUCGCCCGAGCUGCUGGCGCAGAUGUCGGGCGCGAUGGCGCUCGGGGGCACCGCCGGCCUGACCAUCGCCAAGCGCAUCCAGAUCUCGGACCUGCCGCAGCUGGUGGCCGCGUUCCACAGCCUGGUGGGGCUGGCGGCGAUGCUGACGUGCGUGGCGGAGUACAUGAUCGAGUACCCGCACCUCGCCACCGACCCGGCCGCUGGCCUCAUCAAGUCCGUCGCCUACCUGGGCACCUACAUCGGUGGCGUCACCUUCAGCGGCUCGCUCGUGGCGUACGGCAAGCUCCAGGGCGUGCUGAACUCGGCCCCGCUGCUGCUGCCCGGCCGGCACGUCCUCAACGCCACGCUGAUGGCGGCGAGCGUGGGCACCCUGGUGCCCUUCAUGCUGGACCCCAGCUACGCCACGGGCCUCACCUGCCUGGGCACCGUGUCCGCCCUCUCCGCCGUCAUGGGCGUGACCUUGACAGCCGCCAUCGGCGGGGCGGACAUGCCGGUGGUGAUCACGGUGCUCAACUCGUACUCGGGCUGGGCUCUAUGCGCCGAGGGCUUCCUCCUCAGCAACAACCUCCUCACCAUCGUCGGGGCGCUCAUCGGCUCCUCGGGCGCCAUCCUCUCCUACAUCAUGUGUGUGGCGAUGAACCGCUCGCUGGCGAACGUGAUCUUGGGCGGGUUCGGAACGUCGGCGACAGCGGGCGGGAAGCCGAUGGAGAUCACGGGCGUCCACACGGAGGUGAACCUCGAGCAGACCGUGGACCUCAUCAAGGAGGCCAACAACAUCAUCAUCACGCCCGGCUAUGGCCUGUGCGCUGCUAAGGCGCAGUACCCGAUCGCCGACCUCGUGAAGAUGCUAAAGGAUAGUGGAAAGAACGUCCGGUUUGGCAUCCACCCGGUGGCGGGCCGCAUGCCCGGACAGCUCAACGUGCUGCUGGCCGAGGCCGGCGUCCCCUACGACAUGGUGCUCGAGAUGGACGAGAUCAACGACGACUUCCCGCACACGGACCUGGUGCUGGUGAUCGGCGCCAACGACACCGUCAACUCGGCGGCGCAGGAGGACCCCAACUCCAUCAUCGCUGGCAUGCCGGUGCUGGAGGUGUGGAAAGCCAAGCAGGUGAUCGUGAUGAAGCGGUCGCUGGGUGUCGGCUACGCCGCCGUGGACAACCCCAUCUUCUACAAACCCAACACCUCCAUGCUGCUGGGCGACGCCAAGAAGACGUGCGACGCUCUGCAGUCGCGCGUGCGCGACGCCAUCUCCUCCUGAGCAGCCCCUCCGCCGCUACCACCAUCCCCCCCACCCCCCCACUCGUGCCACCCGCCCCCCAACCCCCCUCCUCCCCCUCCUCCCCCUUCUCCUCCUCCCUGGGAGAGCGGGCCCGGCCUCACCGGGCCCGGCCUCACCGGGCCCGGCCUCACCGGGCCCGGCCUCACCGGGCCACCCGGACCUCGGUCGACACUUCACCGGCGCGAGUACCAUGCGCUCACGGUGGUGAACGUGGUCACGUGUUUGCGGAACGGACGGGCAUCUUGAGCGUCGCAUCGCGGUCCCUUUCCCCUUGUAAGGCGAGGAAGCGGGGGGGAGGGAGGUUGUGGGCAUGGGUGAGGCUAUCGCGCCGUAGAGCGCUCUCGAUGCCGGGUGCGGUGGCGCCGGGAUUUUUCACCGAUGAACUCGAAUUGUGUUCACGCCCCCACCCGUGCACCCUCCCACGCACCCCCCCCCCCCACCCCCUCGCGCACACCCCCACCCCGCCCCCCGUCAGGUUCUGUCCACCAGGCAGACAGAGUCAGGCUGCCAGGUGACUUGUGCCAAAAUUGACUGUCCAGCAUUCAUUUCCCGUGCCGCGCUCACGGGCGUCGAGGCAGGGCCCGGCGUCGCCGCGGCUGCUGCCCGUCGCUCGACCGACCCGGCUCCGGUUUCUACCGCAGCGAGCGGAAACACGAACACGAUUGUGUUUAUUGCGGUUGUUGUUGUUACCGUUUCUUUUAUUGUGAUUGUAGCCGACGUACCGUGCCGUUCCUUUGAGCUCUUGAGCGUUUCCCCAAUGGGGUUUGCACAUUGGGAAGGGCACCUCCAUUAGGGGCCUUCCUGGCUCACCAAUGGGCCUUCCUGGCUCACCGAGGACUCUCAGGCAUCGUCGUCGGGAGCUCGGUUUUUCAAGCCUCUCGGCCGCCUCGUUAAGGGACGGGUGGAAGGGGUGGAGGGAGGGGUGAGGUGUUGAUAAUGAGCGGCUCCGCACAACUUUUUCUGACCACGGUCACCCUCGAGGAGGCGUUUUAUUUAUUUCAAUCGCGACGAUGCACGUCCUUAGGAGCACGUCGGGCACACUCACCGGAAUAAGCGUGGCUUGUCCAGCAAUCCAGCAUCAGUGGAUUGAACAUAGCUGCUGGUGGCAGAGGCGGCGGUGGCGGCAGCGGCGGCAGCAGUAAACAGAGACCAAUAAAAACCCACAGUGCCUAGGGGAAGCAGUGUGCAUGCGGGUCCCGAACCAGCAGGAACUCUUCCUUUUUUUAUUUUAAAGUUCUCAAAACCGUUUUAAAUAUCAGCCUCGCCACCGCCGUUGCCCGCGUGGUUUUUAACCGGAUCCGUUGUUUUGUAAACGCAUCUCGUGGCCUAACCCCGUGGGCCCCGCGCCGCUGCCAGCGCCAACCCUCCCUCGCCACCCGCGUCGUCUGCGCGUGGUUUCUAGUCGACGGCCAACGCAGACCCUCGCUCGGAGAUCCCUGCACGCUCACCGGUGCCACUGGUCCUUUGCCGUCUGUGGUUUUUUUGUCGGUUGGAGCAGGGGGGGGGAGUGGUCUCGUGGGCCCCGCCCCCCGUGGUGGUGGCGGUGGGGAGGGUCUUCGGUGUCCAACUUUGCCGAUGUGUGCCGAGGAUGAACCUGGCUUCUCGCUCUGCCCCCUUUCACGUCACCCGACACGAGGCCAGGCUGGGAUCAGGGGUUGUGGCUCUGGACCCUGGCUCGGAGUCGAACCCCAGGUCAACCCGACGUGAGGCUAGUCUGGGUUAUUGCUAUAAAGUAUAAUUCGCCCUCGGUCAAAUUUGACCGAUGUUAACGUGGGUCUGAUUCGACUUGCAACUAUUAACAGCCCCGGUGCUAACUCUCCUGUCAAUGUGACCCCACCCAACACUCGGAUAGACCUGGCCAGGGCUACAACCAGCCCUGUUCCCGGUGCUAACCGUGACACAUCCCAAUGCUGCAUUAAUCAGGAUCAGGGCUACAACCAGCCCUCUUCCCAGCAUACCCGGGGCUAAACCAGCUUAGGGUUUUGAAAAACCCUUUUCCUGAUGCUAACCCCCCCCCUCCCACUUACCAAAACUCAGUCCAACACGAGUUAAACUGUGUCGUGGCUAUGACCGAGUUUUAGCCCCAACUAAAGCGAGGCUAAACCAGCUUAGAGUGAAUGACCCCAUUCCUAGCCUGAACCCUGACCGCUGGGCUCACACGAGGCCGGGCUGGGCUAGAGCCAUGCCCUAGCCCAGCCGCGGACCCUGAAGCCAGCCUGGCUCCCGUGCGCCAGUUUCUGGGGUAGAGGCGGCGUGGCCUCAGGCGAGCUCGAGAUUCCAGAUUGACCCUCGCGCCGGACCCGUCCGUCUCCAGGCCCUGCUGCUGCUGCUGCUGCGUUAACGAGGUUCACGUUUUGUGAUCGCAACUUGAAUAAAAACGAUCGCGCACGG